ACCCUAAUUUUCAGACUCUGAUUGGGCGGUUAUGGUAAUGGAGGACGAACGCAUGGAUGCAGAAGGGGAGCAGAAGCUGGAAACCGAAGUGGCGCCUGCCCUGAUUGCUGUUCAUCCGGACCAGAAAUUUGUGUCCGCAUGUGUUCGAUCGGAUCUCCGGGUUUUUAAUGUCGGUGAUGGUUGUAAGGUUACGUUGGUAGAUGCGAAUGGAGGGCAUAAGGAUUCGAUUCGCGCCAUUCGUUAUAGUAAAUGCGGGGGGCUUUUCGUGUCCGCGGGAGAUGAUAAGCUCGUGAAAAUUUGGGAUACGGAUUCAUGGCGAUGUGCUUUAUCUGUGGUAUCAGAGAAGAGAGUGACCUCUGUUGCAAUAAGCAUCGAUGGAACAUUUGUGUGUUUUGCAGAUAAAUUUGGUGUCGUUUAUGCUGUUGAAAUUGGAGAUUACAAUUCGGAAAAUCCGGCUCUGGCGAAGAAGGCAGUGCCAAUUCUUGCACACUAUUGCAGCAUUAUCACAAGACUGGAAUUUUCACCGGAUGGGCGAUACAUUGUCACUGCUGAUAGAGAUUUUAAGAUUCGGGUGACGCAGUUUCCCGCAAAACCAUUGGAUGGGGCUCAUGAGAUACAAAGCUUUUGUCUCGGUCAUACUGAGUUUGUUUCAUGCAUUGUGUUUCUAAGUUGUCGGGAUAAUACACAAGGGUUUCUAGUCUCCGGAAGUGGCGAUUCCACAGUCCGACUAUGGGAGUAUGUCUCGGGUUCUCUUCUUGAUACUUGUGAAGUUGGCACUAAGGCAGAGCUUUUAAAUUCAAGCGAGGCACACGACGAAAUAUUACCUGCCGUAACUGAUCUCUGUGCAACCUCCGGUUCACUAAUUGCCGUGGCUAUUCAGAACUUGCCUGGGAUAAUGCUGUUAAACUGCGACUCCUCUUCGAGGACCCUUUCCAUUGCCAAAGUCGUACGUGUCGAAGAAGAGGCGUACAUUCCGACUAGCCUCGCAGCUUCCUCGUCAGUCCCAUUUUUGUGGAUGAUCAUGGGUGCAUCCUCUUCGAACUGCUCGACACCCGUGGCUCGGGUGAGAAUUGCUUCCGAUUUUAUUUCCGGCAGCAAUCUUCUGGUUUUAGACGACUCAAAGAUACCGGGAGGAGAGCCUCUGCUUGUGGCAUUGCAGGGAAGACUAGCCAUCGGAGAAGAAGCAUUUUCGACGGCGGCCGAGGCUGUAAAAACGUCGAUGCGGAAUUUGAUGAUCAAGAAGCAAUACUCGGCGGAGAGACGAGAAGUGAGGAAGAAAGGUAGGAAUGAUAAAAAGAAUCAAAUUUCGUAGGUCAAUUGAUCAAAAUAUGAUAAUUUAUGAACGAAUGAUCGAUUGAUUGUGUUUUGGUUUGUAGCAAGAAAGUAUUUUUCGAAUGUUUUUAAGUAUGAAUGAUAUGUUUUUUCA